UGGGUAGUUCAUACUCUUUUCCAAAAAUAGAUUUGAAGAUUUUGUUCAGAUGCAAGAUUUCACAGAAAAUUCUCAGAAAGAUCUGUAGGAUACCUGUGAAGUAGACAUUUAGAAGCUUCGCCCAGUUCUUCAGGCUCUAGUGUUACAUAUCUUAGGACUGAACAGAAUGAAAAAAAAUGUUAUUGGUUGCUUUGAAUCUGCACUCUAAUCCAUAGAUAAUGUUGUUCAAAGUUGCAUCAAAAACAUUCCUUCUGAAUAAGGAUUCUGGAUCGUUUUCAGAGAUGGUAGAACAUGAUUCCUCAGCUGUGUCAUCAUGAAAUCUUUUCUGCUUUUUGCCUCUCUUCUUUGGUAAUUGUGGCAAAAUUCCCAUGCCUUAUGCUACAAGACGCGCUUCCAGUUGAAUUUUGGGCCACUGAUCUCUAAGUUGUGUUAUUUCUUCAAUAAUAUCAACAAUGAGAGCUGCCUCUGAUUGAAGAGAGAUCCCCCUGGCUUGUAAAAUCUUGUUUCUGUCAUCAGUACUUGAAAGAACCCUGUACCAGAAGCUAGCCAACAAAAGGCAUGAAGAUGAGCUGAAGUACCUUUUCAGUGUUUCCAUUUGUGAUUGAGCUUUGUGUGUCAAACUGAAUUUAAGAGCACAUUCCAGUGCUUCCAGAAUACCUGGAAGAUACUUUGUGAGUGGAUGGAUAGCAUCAGCAUGUGCACUCCAGUGUGUGUCUGACAGAGUGGAGUGAGCAGCAAGGGUGACGUGUAGGGGAUGCAUGGGGGUGCAUGUCCACCCCCUGAGAACACCGGUGCACUCCUUGUCAGGCUGCACUCCUUGUUUAGCUGGCGGGCAGAGGGGCAGGCGGGAGCACCAGUGGACGCCCUGCGAGUGCCAGCCAGGGAGCAGGGCUGCCAGAAAAAGCAGCUGUGCUGCUUCUGGAAAUGGCACAGCUGCUUUUAUGGAGAGAGAUUGACUGUAGGAUUGGCCACUGGGGUACCCCCCCCAGUUGUUGACUGGUGUCGGGGGGGGCAUGUGCCCCCCUGACUCAAGAGGGACCAGAAACCCAUGGUGAGCAGUGUAUCUUAUCUGUUAUAAUCUUCCAUCUCACAGGGCUAGCACUGAAAAACAAAGUUGCUGCACACAACCAAAAAUUGUUUUAGUACAUGCUGCUGCAGCAUUAACUCCUAUAAGAUUUAGUGAAUGGGAAGCUCAAGGAAAAUACACAGCAAGUUCUUUUUUUUGACAUAAUGCAGGCCUGAACACCUUUUAUUUUCCCUGACAUUUUAGAGCCGUUAUCAAAACCUUGACUUCUAUAGUCAUCAAGAGGAAUGUUAUGACGCUUCAAGCUGGCAAUCAGCAUUUCAGCUAGCUGUUCUCCAUUUUUUAAAUCAAAGUUGAUAAACGCAAAAAACUUUCUUUAAUGUUAGGUGUACCAGUACCUUUGUUGUGAACUACAAAUCAGAAUAUCAACAUGUGGUGUUCUUGGUGAGAGACAUCAGGAGUAGCAUCACAUAUGAUAGAAUAAUAAAUUGCCUUUUCUCUCUCUGCAAGGAUGGCCUUCUGCACACUCUUACCACAUAAUUCAAUAAACUCAUUCUGACUCUCCCAUAAGAGAUAAUGAGCCUGUCUUUGCAUUGUUUUACUCUUUGUUUGCAUCUGUUUGACUUUAGCUAAAUGGUCAUGAGUGAUGCUGUCAUAAUGAGCUAUUAAAUCAACAGUUCCAAGAAAGUUGCCAUUGUGUGGGUCACCUAUCAGAUUAUCUCCUUGGCAUGCUAAACCUCUUGAAGCAAGAUAUAAGGUAACCUCCAACAAUCUUUCCGAUAUUUCUUUCCAUCUUGUUGCUUCUGUUUAAUAUUUGUUUUUGAACCUCACUGUCCACUCACUCCAUGUCCACCUGACAGUGACUGCUGUAAUUCCUGCCACUGGCAGUAGCAAGUUCUAUGCUCUUUUCAUGUUCAGGAAGUUUAUUAUAUAGCUCUUGCCAUUCUUUCACAUUUGGUGAAUACCCUUUUUUUUUGCCAGCAUAUUGUGUGGUUUUUGUCUCCCUUCAGAAAAUAACUGACAUGGAAAACAAUAUAUAGCACUUGAUUGGUAGGACUCCAAACAAGCCAGUCUCUUGGUAGCUGUUCUCCAUUGGAAGUCUUACAUUUGAGAAGAAAUGUAUGCCCACCAACAUCUUUUGGAAUUGACUUUGCUAGCAUUCACAUUUCUUCAAAAGUCAGGACAACAGAUAGAACAUUUUUUUGAUGGACAUAGUCUGUUAUCAGUUUAGGACACAAGCCUGGGUCUUUGAAAAAGCAUGAAUCAGAUAGUGUAGUACUACUCUCUCCUGUUUGUGUAAGCCUUUUUCUUAAUGGUGAUAUUAUCUGACUAACUUUUGAAAUCAUUAGAUUGGAGUCACAUGAUGCAUCUGGCAGUUUUUCUUCAUCAUCAGUUGCCACAGACACAGGCUCUACAUUAAAAUCAUUUCCAUCUUGCUUUCGUUCAUCUACUUCCCUAGUUAGUGUAUUGCCUGAGCCAGACUGCACAAAGGUCUUGUCUGUUUUGAAAAACUGAAGGAUUGAUUGGAGUCGCUUAGCUUUUAGAUCCCUUUGUUUUACCUCCCUACAUUUCUGGCUGCCUAAUUUGUAUUUAUAGCCAGGCAUGGUGUGUGUGUGUGUGUGCAAGAGAGAGAGAGAGCGAGAAAGAAAUGUCCUUUCCUUCCAGGGACUAACCCUAUCCCCAUGUCAGUUCUUCUCUGUGCAAUGUUUAGACCACCAGGCCUAACUCAUUACUCGCUUUUGGGCCUGUAAAUCCUACUAACAACACUGUGGCUUCCCCUGUCUCUGGGAUCAAUGUCCCUGGUUAUAUGGUGCUUUGUCCCGCCCCUCUGCAUCUAUAUGCACAAGGGACUCUGGGACUUGUAGUUCUUGAGACAGCAUGUCCUACAGGGAAGCAGGAAUCCUUUUGUCUCUCAAAUGACAAGUCCUAGAAUUAAUUGCAUAAGCACACUCUCUGUUCUGCUUCUGAUUGGCUCCAGCAAAACUCACAGUGGAGACCCCAUAUAGGUAGCACAUAACUUUCCGUACAUAUCCUCAAGCAUGACCUACAAUUAAGCCUCAUUGGUUUUUUUCCCCUUAUGGUAAUAGGGUUGCAGCCUGGGCCAGCCUACCCCGGAUCUCCAGGCCCUGGUAAAGUGCACCCCGUGCUUAGGCCCUACUAGGACCUGGCUGCUGUUGCUACUUCUUCCCACCAUCACAAACCCAUAUCCAUCCACAAACCAGAUCCAGCUCAUGGGCCAUAGGUUCCUGACCUCUGCCCUGUACUGACUGCCUCUUUCCUCCUUUCACCUCCUUGCCCACAGGAGGGUUUGGUCUCUACCUUAUCUCCCACACUGCUCAAAACCUCGGAUGCUCGUGGAGGCCUGGCUCUCACUGCUUCCACAGCUCCCCUGAGUGUAGUGACCUUAGCUACAGCAUUAUCCCAUCAUGACACUCUCGUCUACCAAGAAAAGAGGAGAGGGUUAGGUUGGGUUAUCACUGUCCAGGCCUGCCAGUUCUGUCCUUCUUCUUAUACCACUUCCUUCACCUUCAUCAGAGUCUCUUCUGGGUAAUUUCAGUAUCUCUCUCAUUUACUUGAUAGUGGUAAUGAGACUCUCACACUUCAAAUUGUAAGAGUGUUGCUUUCUAGCUAAGGUAAAUGUACAAGAGGGGGCCUGGGCCUCCAUCCCUAGAGCAUGACCCAAACAUUUCCUGUGUAGGCUGAGAGAGGGACAACAGUCUGCCAUAUUUGUGAGUGAGACAACUGGACCAACUCUUGAGGCUGAUGGGGAAGAGAUGGGAGGCUGAUGAAUGAGAUGACCAUCAGUGUGGUAGUUGAAGGCAUGAACAAGUGACAAGAGACUGAAAAAGGGAGAGGAAGAGUCACGGGUCAAGCCAAGAAGAGCUGGGAAAUACUUCCAGGGGAAAAUGCCAUUUUUAAGAGAGGCGUCCAAAAUGCUUGAGGAAAAGGAGAAAUCUUGUAUUAGACCAACUAGAUAGUUGCAAAAAAUAUAUAUUAAUUUAUUUAUUGAUUGUUAAUAGAGGAAUCCUAUCUGGGAAACAGGUGUUCCCUUUCCGUUUGGGGGAAGCAGGAACAGGAACCUUACAUUCAGGUAAUUGUUCUUUCUUAAAAGGUCAGGGUGCUGGGUUUGCAUUGAUGUGGGACAUGUCUCGUCUGAAGCAUAUGUCCUCUUCUCUCUGAGACUAGGGGGCAGAACAGGGUCCUAAUUAGGUAACUUAGCACACACUUUCACACCACAUCUCUGACGGAGGUGAGAGAAUCAGACUCUCACAUUGGCUGCAUCCUCUGGUGUCAAUUAUUGGUAUUUGCAGACUCUGCUAGCAAUAUGAGGCUUUGGAGAAGGAGAACACGAGUUAAACAUGGCUGCUUCCAUUUUGAUGAUGAUGAUUUCCUCUUUGCUGGGGGAAUUCCUUUCCCUAGGUGUUGGAGCUCUCAGAUGCCCUGGACUUGCUCCGAUAGUCUCUGUGGCUGAAGGGGAACCUGUCUCCUUUGAAUGUCCGUUUCCUGGACCCCCCACUCUCAACAACACUUUCCACGAGAUAAUCUGGCUGCAUACCCUGAGCCACACAAACCUGUCCAAAAGGAUCCUGAGCAUUAGGAUGACUCGUCCCAACGACAGUGCCACUGUAACAGUAACUGAAGGUCAUUUGAGGGGACAGCUGGAUUUUGAAAAGCACAUGAGUUUUCUCUCAAUCCCUGAGGUACGGGUGAAUGACAGCGGUCUGUAUUACUGUGAAGUAACGAUAGUGCCUCCUCGAAUUUAUUCAAAAACAAAUGCAACUAAUCUAAUUGUCAAGAGAGGCUGGCCAACCCAAAUCACCUCUGAAUCUUCCUCAAGUCAUUCUGCACCCGAAGGCGGCACUGUUACACUAAAGUGUGAUUUCACUCCAAACAUGACUGGCAAUUUCACACAGCUCUUUUGGAUUCAUGAAUUAUCAGGCCAGGCCCAGUUCAGACUAAUAGCUUGGCACGGACUACCUCAGAGGGAUGGCACUUACUGUGGGACUGGCAGUCGCUUCCACAGCCAGUUAGAUCUAGACAAACACCGGAGUUAUCUCACUAUAACUGACCUGGAGGUGAACGAUAGUGGAAGGUAUCACUGCGAGGGACUGGGACACCCUGGAAGAGGGAGUAGUACCAGCCUCAUUGUCAAAGCCCCUAUGAAUACUGUGCUGAUCUCUGGUCCAGUUGCUGGGAUACUCCUGUUCCUCCUGGCUUUGUGUUUGUGUUUUAAAUUUAGGAACCGAAUCCAUGCCAAAAAUCAAGAAGUUUCCCUGGAAAUGUCACAGCUGAAUUCUAACACCCCUGCACCUGCUGGGAGAGAACCCCUCACACAGCCUGUCAGUGGUGAAAUAAUCUAUUCACAUCUACGGUGGAGCAAGAAUGAUGCGGUGUCCUCUCUGGGACGGAGUCCCCACUCUGAGGAUCCCGGGGCCAAGAAGAAGUCCAGAAAAGGGACUGAUGGUAGCUCAGGAACAGAUGUUCAGUAUGCUGUAGUUGGGUGCCGCAAACAAAUUCCCCUUAAUCAUGUGUAAUACAAAUGGUUUUGGUAUUUAAUAAAACUAUGGUUAAAAGUU